UAUGUAAAGAUGGCGGAUGCUUUCGAAAUAAAAUUGAACUCGAAGGAAGUGUGUUUUGUAGACUGCCACGCGCAUAUAUCAGCGAAAGAAUUUAGUGAGGAUGUAGAUGUGGUCAUUGACGAAGCAAAACAGGCUGGAGUAAGAGCUGUAGUUGGUGUAACAGAGUUUAAAACAGAAUUCACCGGAAUGCUCAAACUUCAUGAGAGAUAUCCAGACUUUAUAGCACCAUGUCUUGGUGUACACCCAGUACAGGGUCUCUGCCCAGAUCGCAGUGCCACCUUAGAAGAUCUCGAUGGCGUUGAGGAAUUUAUCAGAGAGAAUCAUGAAAAGCUUGUUGCAAUUGGAGAGGUUGGCUUGGAUUUUACUCCGCGCUUUAUAAGCAAAGAGGAGGAUAAAGAUAUUCAAAGAGAAGUGUUCAGUCGACAGAUAAAGCUUGCUCUGGAACUCAAUCUUCCUUUAAAUGUGCAUUCACGCUCAGCAGGAAGACAUGUGAUUGAAAUGCUGCAGCAACAUGGGGCCAGAAAUGUCCUGCUUCAUGCUUUUGAUGGAAAACCUUCCAAUGCCCUGAAGGGAGUUCAACAAGGCUACUACUUUUCAAUUCCACCAUCUAUUGUUCGCUCUCCUCAGAAAGAGAAGCUUGUGAAAAAUGUUCCCCUUUCAAAUCUUCUUCUGGAAACUGAUUCCCCAGCCUUGGCAGCUGAAAAACAGACAAGAAAUGAACCCAAGAAUAUCAGAAUAUCCUGUGAAGCAAUUGCUCAAAUUAAAGGCAUUCCAGUUCAGACAGUUUAUGAAGAAACGACCAAGAAUGCUUUGAAGUUGUUCCCCAAACUGCAGAGAUUUAUAAGAAAGUGACAUCAAGACUACUAAGUGGAUAUAUUAAUGGAUUGGAUAAUUAUAUACAGCUAAUCUUACAUGUACAUAACAAGAGAAAUAA